CGGGACUUUCUCUCUCCUAUCACCUCUCUCUCUCUCUCUCUCUCCUUUCCUUCGCCACUCCAAUGAACUUCGUGACGGCUCAAGCGCCUCUUCCCCUAAAAGAUUUAUUAUUAAGAUAAAUAAACGAUAACUCCAAAAUUUAUUCCUCUUUCAGAAAAAUCCUCCAAUUCCCACAUCAAAACAUACAAAAUCAGAACCAAAAAUCAAAUAUUUUUCUCUUCUUCCUCGCAUAAUCCCACAGCUGUAGUUUACCAAGCUUCUCCCCUUUCCCUCCCUCAAUAUCCCCACUCCCGUACGCGUUUACCCACCAGAAUCCUCACCUUCUUCUUCCUUCCUUCCGCCAUUUCCCCCCACCACUAGAAAAGGGGGAAAACCCAGCAGCUUCAUUCAACACGUCACUUCCCCCAUCGGAACCCAGAAGCCCAAAAUCACUAAAGAUGCCGGGUUUCUUCGUUCCCUUCGCUCUCGCCGCGUUUCUCUUCCUACCCAUCUGCUCGAUUGCCCAGACUACCGGCGGCGGGACCCGAGCGACGCCCUCGGCGGCGGCGCCGGCUCCUGCUGCCGACGAAUGCAACGGGAUCUUUGUGUCUUAUCGUACAGGGACCGGAUCCAAGAUCGCGCCCACGGACCCGAAGCACCAGCCCUACCGAUUCGAGUCCACGCUCACGGUGCAGAACAACGGGAUCGAGAGGCUCAAGUCGUGGCAGGUCUAUGUAGGGUUCAAGCACGAUGAGGUGUUGGUUUCGGCGAGCAACGCGAUUUUGGCUGAUGGGUCGAGCUACCCUGCUUUGGUGGGGAACGGCACGGUUUUCGCUGGGUUUCCGAUGACCGACUUGAAGACGGCGAUUGAGACCGCCGGGGACUCGACUCAGACGUCUGUUGAGGUUAAGAUGCUCGGGACUCAGUUUGGGGUGAAGCCGCCGGCAAUUCCCUGGCCGGAGAAUAUUACGUUGGUUAAUGAUGGAUGGGCUUGUCCUGCUCCUUCCACUCUAGGGGGAGCAAUGUCUGUUUGUUGCAUAAAAGAUGAGAACGCCAAGAAGAACAUAACACUACUCGACGGUGAUUUCCUCCCUCGACAGAGCGGCGAUCUCACCAUUGCCUAUGAUGUGACCAAAGCAUAUGAUUCCAGCUACUGGGCACAAGUCACUCUCACGAACCAUAACCACUUGGGUCGUCUAGAUAACUGGAAGCUCAGCUGGGACUGGAUGCAGGACGAGUUUAUCUUCUCCAUGAAGGGCGCUUACCCUUCGAUUGUCGACUCCUCGCCUUGCAUAUUUGGGCCACAGGGUGAGUACUACAAGCAGCUGGACUUCUCCACUGUUUUGAACUGUGAAAGAAGGCCAACCAUCAUCGAUCUCCCACCAACAAAAUUCAACGACUCAACUGUCGGGAUGGUCCCCUUCUGCUGCAGAAAUGGGACAAUCCUGCCGCCAUCCAUGGACCCGAGCAAGUCAGUAUCUUCUUUCCAAAUGCAGGUCUUCAAAAUGCCACCAACUCUCAACCGGUCGGACCUUUCGCCUCCUCAGAACUGGAAAAUCAAUGGGACUUUGAACCCGGAUUACCAAUGUGGUCCGCCUGUGAGGGUUAGCCCGAGCGAGUUUGUAGACCCAAGUGGCCUCCCGUCGAACUCCACAGCUGUUGCCAGCUGGCAGGUGGUCUGCAACAUCACUCAACCUAAAGGAUCUUCGCCUCGAUGCUGUGUGUCAUUCUCUGCCUUUUACAACGACUCAGUCGUCCCAUGUAACACAUGUGCUUGCGGUUGCCCUAACCGAGCAGCUCAAACCUGUAGUGCUAGUGCUCCACCGGUUCUUCUCCCACCAAAUGCUCUCUUGGUUCCUUUCGACAAUCGGACCAUCAUGGCAAGUGCUUGGGCGAAUAUCAAGCACCGGCAGGUCCCUAACCCAAUGCCUUGUCCUGAUAACUGUGGGGUCAGUAUUAACUGGCAUAUUAACACUGAUUACAAUCGAGGAUGGAGUGCUAGGGUCACUCUCUUCAACUGGGCCGAGAUUCCUUUCCCUGAUUGGUUUGUUGCAGCAGAGAUGGAUAAGGCAGCUGGUGGGUUUGAGGCCAUGUACUCGUUUAAUGGAACGAUGUUGAAGAACUCCAACAGUACUAUAUUCAUGCAGGGUCUUCCAGGGUUGAACUAUCUUGUAGGUGAGACUGAUGGGUUGAACCCAAGUAAAGAUCCGCGAGUGCCUGGAAAACAGCAGUCGGUGAUCUCAUUUACUAAGAGGACUACACCAGGGAUCAAUGUGCCUUUAGGAGAUGGGUUUCCAACGAAAGUGUACUUCAAUGGUGAAGAGUGUUCGCUUCCUUCGGUGUAUCCGACGAGUGCUGUCAGCAGAAGGGCACCUGCAAGUAUCAUAUCUGUUAUCCUAGCAGCUCUGCUGGCAUCUAUAUUGAUGAAGGAGCUAUGCUAGCAACUUUGUGGGGAGAUGAGAUGAUUUUUUCAUUCUUUUUCUCGGGUUUUAGGCCACGCUGGAGAAGUCUUUGAAGAUGUGCAAACAAUUCGACACUGGUAAAUACUCUUGAGGUUAUGUUUGUUUGAAGGCUGGCGAUGAAUGGAUUUGUUAGGAGAGGAUAGGGUUCUCUAUCUGAAAACCCUUGUAGCUGAUAUCAGCACUUAGUCGCAGACAUACUGAAUCGAACCUAAAUGUACAACGGCGUGAUUACUCUCUGUAGAGAUGUUUCCAUGUUUGACAGGAUGUCUAGAUUGAUUCUUUGUGCUGCUCGUGCUACUCCUCAUACUACUGCUACUAUGUUCUACUUUCUUUGUAAGUUUUAUUCUAUGAUAGAGAUCAAUCUUGAACUGAUCAGUCUUUGUAUUAUAUAACUGUUUGUUACCUUUGGGGUGAAUCUUGAAUAUAUUUUGCCACAUAAUGAUGAAGUUUACUGCUUGACCAG